CGUGCCAUGCUCUUUUAAAGGUAUUUCGCAGUCUAACAGGAGAGACGAUUAUUUAUCCUUGUGUAUGUGUGAGAUUGCAAAAACAGAACAUUUUCCGUUGUGGUUUCAUGUCGAGUGAAAGUGCAUAUAACAAUGUGUUAUUGAGUAUGUGCUCCAAUGAGCGGUCAAACAUACAUACAAAUAUGUACAAAAAUUGUACUGUAGACGCAGGCUGGUUUGGCAUCUUGAUUUUUGUGCUCCAAAACUAGGAAACUCGGUCGCGCAACAUUGUUGCUCAGUACCAUCUAUGUAUGUAUUGUUGGUCUGUAAAACCAAGUAAUGGGGUGACUGCACAGCGAGUAUAGCAUGAAACUGGCUUAUCUGUGUAACCGGAAAUGGGAGCUAAAGCAAGAGCAAAAAAAAAAAGCACAUAAUGUUCCUGUAUUUGUAUUUUCGUAAAUGCAAUAAAACUGGUAGUCUCGGCUGCAGACUUGGUUGACAUAUCAUUCGUUGUGCUUUGUAAAAUCGAUGACAUUGAGUGCAACAUUGUAGAGCACCAGCUGCUCACGAGUAGUAUAGCCUGGUGUGGCAUCAAUUUUUGCGUUGUAGCCACGUUCAUAACAAGAACAAAGUAACGCAGUCCUGGUACGAAUUUUUUUCAGUAAAUUUUGACUUUGUACAGAUAUUGUGUUGUGCCCUGCCUCAAAGGGCAAUGAACGGUUGGCUUUCAAAUAAGCCUGGGAACUAUGAAAUGUCGUAUAAUAAAGAAAAACUAUUUCUAACUGUUAUUCUGUGUAUUCAAAACGUAUAAGCAUGUGAAUUUUAUCGCUGUUACUGUCGCGUUACUGCAUCUUUAAUUCCUGUUGAAACAGUAGUAUAAGCGUAGUGUUGUGAGGUGUACAAUAUUGUGUACAUACAUAGGUAUAUUGCAGACACCCUAAGCCAUCAGAAAUUCUAUGCACAAAGGCGACGGGCAGUCGGAAUUUGGGACAGUAAAUGUAAAGUUACUUUGUUGUGCACGAACAGUAUAAGCGGUUUCUUGAUCCUCAGGUUUCUAAAACUGGUUUUCAGAAGUUUUUCAAUAUCCUCAUAUACAAAAUAACAAGCUUUUAGGGCAAUUUUCAGUAUUUGAUUCAACGUUAUUAGUGUAAAAGUACAUCUGCAAAAAGAAAUUGUGAUUGAAAAUUUCUUUAUUUUUUAACUGAAACUUCAACUGUCCAUUGUUAAAAAAAAUAUCAUCGAUAAAACCGCUGCUGUCGAAUUGUUAAACAAUUGUAGCCAUAUACCAGUGAACAUAAAGUUUUGCUGAAACGUUUGCGAUAUUUAGCAAAGAAAAAUGGUUUACACGUAAAUUUUUUUUAUUACAAUGCUAUAAAAAUCACCCAAAGGUCAAAGAGCGUCAAAACACGGCAUAUACCAAACCGCCCAAGUGUGGAUACAUUAAAAGACGGGUGUGGUGUUCAUGAGGACAAAUACAUGCCGGUGUUAACAUUUUUCUACAUGCUCACUUACACUUUGCUGCUAUAUAUACAUGCAGUAUAUGCAUACCAAAAUUGAACAUACAAUACUUGUAAUAACAUUACAAAUUACAUAAAUGCCAAAGCAAAAGCAAAACAACAAACCGCAAUGUUAGUAAAUUACAACCGAAGUCCAGUCUGCGAUAGUACAUAAAUGACUACAAAGCUGCAAAACUAGCGAAGAACAUAAGCAAAUAAGAUUUUUUUUGCAUAGACUUUUGAGCAAGAAACAGCUGAUCAGCAUCUAGUAGUGUUAUUGAAACAAUAAAGAAUAAUAAUAAACAACACCGGCGUUAAAUACAUGUAAAGCUGUUAUAUACCACAGUUUUUUUUUCGGCAAACUAUAAGUAUAAAUCGAGCGGAGAACAAAAAGUCGAAGAAAAAAAAAAACAAUAAUGACAACAUAUGAGCGAACUGCAUGUAACAAUAAUGGCAAUAGUAACAAUAGCGAAAAGUUGCGCAGUAAUGGUACGAGCAGCAGCAGCAGCAGUACCAGCUCCUCCGCGAGAGUCGAAGCGUUAAGUAACAGCACGAACAGCAAUAGUAGCAACAGAAAUCUAUUGCAAUUCUUCGCCAUAGUGUUUGUGUGUGUGGCAUGUUACUGGAAUAGUGCGCAAUGUGAGUUGGUCUUCGACGAUAUUAGCGCUGUGCGCGAUAAUAAAGACCUACGCUCGUACACGCCGCUACGUAACAUAUUUCUCAACGAUUUCUGGGGUACACCAAUGCGCAAAGAGCAAUCGCAUAAAUCAUAUCGACCGCUAACAGUGCUCACCUUUCGCUUCAACUAUUGGUUGCACGAAUUGCAACCAUAUGGCUAUCACAUAGUAAAUAUGUUCUUACACAUUGUCGUGUGUCUGUUGUGGCGUCGUGUUUGCAGAUUAUUACUACUGCACUGCGCCGGCGCUGUGGGAGCGUCAACAACGGUGUUAAUACAACGUUGUAAUAUGUUGCGUAUAAACACUUGUAGCUUCUUGGCUGCACUCUUAUUCGCUGUACAUCCCAUACACACAGAAGCCGUUACAGGUGUAGUCGGACGUGCCGAAUUACUCUCGUCAAUAUUCUAUUUGAGUGCAUUUCUCGCAUAUGCCAGCGCUGUUAACGCGCCAACGACGGUGCAGCGUCGUCAACAGUCGUCACAGCAGCAACAGCAACAGCAACAGCAGUCGGUUAAGAAGCAACGCACACGCUGGUCGGUGUUAUGUUGCACUUUUGGCGCUUGCUUAUUAGCUUCGAUGCUGUGUAAGGAGCAAGGCAUCACUAUAGCGGGUAUUUGUGGCGCCUAUGAAUUGUUUGUGGUGCAGCAGUUGCGUCCACUUGAGCUGUGGCUGUGUGUGCAGCGUUUAUUUGAGGAUCGUACACGUAUGUCGACACCGCAACAUGUAGCCAAAAGUACGACAACUGCAGCAGUAGUCAGUGCAUCGGCAACGGCCGGCGUGUACAAUCGUGUUAGCGGCAUAUGGCAUGGUACUUUGUUGCGUCGCUUGGGGUUUCUCGUCUGCAUUACGUUUGCCUUGUUGGUUGGACGUGUGUACGUGAUGGGUUCGCAAUUGCCAGUCUUUACGCGUUUCGAUAAUCCCGCUUCGGCAGCAGCGACACCAACGCGGCAGCUCACUUUUAGCUACCUGAUUUACUUGAACUUGUGGCUGAUGCUGUUCCCUUGCAACCUGUGCUGCGAUUGGACUAUGGGUACCAUACCACUAAUCGAAGGCUUUAGCGAUGUACGCAAUUUAGCCACCGUAGCAACAUUCGCCUCCCUAGCCGCAGUGACGUGGCACGCUUGUACAACUCGAAAUUUAAUGCACUCCCGUGUGCUGCUGAUGGGAUUGGCCUGGCUGGCGUUACCCUUCCUACCCGCUUCGAAUCUAUUCUUUCACGUUGGCUUCGUGAUUGCUGAGCGUAUACUGUACAUGCCCUCCAUGGGUUAUUGUCUUCUCAUAGCCUAUAGUUAUAUGCAUUUGGAGGAUUAUUUGCGCGUUAAAGGCACAGUUACACGUCGUUUCCUGCAAUUAGCACUCGGUUUGUUCUUGCUUACGCAUGCGUUGAAGACAUUUGAACGUAAUAAAGACUGGCGUACGGAGUAUACGCUAUUUAUGUCGGGCGUACAUGUGAAUGGACGCAAUGCGAAACUAUUCAAUAAUGUUGGCCACGCGCUUGAAAAUGAGCAACGCUACGCUGAGGCGCUACUGUACUUCCAACAAGCGGUACGCAUACAACCCGACGAUAUUGGCGCGCACAUCAAUGUCGGACGCACUUAUAAUAAUAUGCAGCAAUACGAGCAAGCCGAAAUGGCGUAUCGCCAAGCCAAAGCGUUAUUUCCGCAAGUCAAACCAGGUGAGAGUUAUCAGGCGCGCGUAGCGCCGAAUCAUUUGAAUGUCUUCAUAAACUUAGCACAAUUGAUUGCGCGCAAUCGUACGCGUUUGGAAGAAGCCGAUUUGUUGUAUCGGCAGGCGAUAAGUAUGCGCGCGGACUAUGUACAGGCGUACAUCAAUCGUGGUGAUAUAUUGAUGAAACUGAAUCGCACCGCGCAAGCGCAAGAAGUUUACGAAAAGGCGCUGUUGUAUGAUAGUGAGAAUGCUGAUAUUUAUUAUAAUUUGGGUGUGGUAUUUUUGGAGCAGGGUAAAAGUGCGCAGGCGCACGUCUACUUUAACAAAGCAAUCGAAUUAUAUCCCGAACACGAACAAGCAUUACUCAAUUCCGCCAUACUAUUGCAAGAGCAUGGCGGUGCUGAAGCGCGUGAAUUGUCGCGCAUGCGCCUCUUCAAAGUGCUGGAUAAGGAUGCGAACAAUGAGAAGGUCUAUUUCAAUUUGGGCAUGCUGGCCAUGGACGAAUCGAAUUUCGACGAAGCCGAACAAUUUUUUAAACGCGCUAUACAUCUGCGUGCCGACUUUCGUAGUGCGCUCUUCAAUUUAGCAUUACUAUUGGCCGAUGCGAAUCGACCGUUGGACGCAGUACCGUACCUGAAUCAGCUAAUACGUCAUCAUCCCGCACAUAUAAAAGGUUUAAUAUUACUCGGUGAUAUUUAUAUAAAUCACAUGAAGGAUCUCGAUGCAGCCGAGCAAUGUUAUCGCAGUAUACUACGUUAUGAACCGCACAACAUACAGGGUUUACACAAUUUAUGUGUUGUAUUUGUGGAGCGUAAGCGUUUGGCACGCGCCGCCGCCUGUCUACGCUAUGCGCAUCAUUUAGCGCCACAUGAGGAUUAUAUUCAACGCCAUUGGCAAAUUGUACAGCAACGCUUACAGAAGAUAACUAAGUUACCUGAAACAUCGCCGGAACGGCAAAUUGCCUAUGCUGAGUAUGAGCCUGAUGAGUUUAGGGUGUUGUCAACCAAAGUGGAUAGAAAGAGUCACACUACUAUGCACGAAGACAACAAACAGCAACAACAACAACAUCGUCGGUAGGAACGACCACUAAAUAGUAGCAGUUAAGAGAGACUUAUAAUGCUGAGUAAGUUGGAACGAUAUUCAUUCAAAAUGAGAAAAACAAAAAGAUUUUAGCAUUUAAGUGAGGGCUUUUAUAUAUAUACAAAGAUGUAUGAACAUAUGAAUAUUUAUUGAAGGCAACUAAGUACGUACUUAAAUUGAAAUGUGCGGCUUUUGAAUUGUGUAUGCGCUGUAUAUGACUUGUUAACCAAUCAAAAUGUUAAUGGCGAAUACAGCAUAUAAUUUUAUUUUAUAUUGGCUGAAAAAUUAUAUAAUUGAUCAAAAAGUAGGAAGUGGUCUUGUACCAGAGUUAAUUCUUAUAUCGUAUAUUAUGAUCAAUGGUGUCGAUCGAACAGUCGGUUCUGUGUAAACGCAACCAAACCAAAUUUUAGUUCGGCGAAGAAGAACGUAUCAACUCGGUAGAUAUCCGUUGAGGUUUUUUAAGAAUGUUAUCUUUCGUUAGAAAAACAAUAACUGAUAUUAAAAUAUAUAUAAUUAAAAUAAUUCCAACAAUUACCAGAAAAAUUCCAAUUCGCCACUAAUGCAUUUAAAGUUUUUCACGAAUAUACAAUAGUAACGAAUAAUUAUUCUUUUUUGCAUACAAAAACAAAAAAGAAAAAAAAAAGGGUUCAAAUUAUAUAUAACCAGGGUUGCAAAUAAUGCAUUAAAAAAAUAAUUGUAUUAACAUUUGAAUUAUUAUUUUUUUUUAUAUAUAUUUUUUAAAUUUUAUUUUGGUUUUGUAAUCCUAAAUACGGAGCUUAUACGGGAUUAAAAAAAUUUAAUCCCACAUAUGGCAUAAAAAAAUUUUAAAUCCCACAAUCCGGAUUAAAACAAAAAAUUUAAUCGCACAUACUGGAUUGAGAAAGACAAAUUUUAAUCCCAAGCAUAUAAUUAGGAAUUAUAAAAAGAAAUUGUUAUAAAAUUAACAUUUUUUCGCGUUUGUGUACUUUAUUAAAAUUAAAAAAUAUACUUUUCAAUUUUUAAUCCAUGCAUCAGGACAAAUAAUAAACGGGAACAAAUAAUAAAAAUUGAUUUUUCAAUUCUAAAUUUUUGAAUUAAGGGUAUGCAGCCGUGUUAAUAGCUUCUGCCCAGAAGCCCUCAUCCAGACUAGCAUGUAGAAUCACAUUUUGCGCCAUCUCAACCAAUGUUCUGUUCGCGCGCUCAGCUACACCAUUUUGUUGGGGUGUGUGUGGUACAGUAUACUGCCUUUUGAUACCGUUGGUUGCCAAAAGUUGUUCCAACGGGCCACUCAAAUACUUACGUCCAUUAUCGCAUCUCAGACAUUUUAUUUUUCGUCCAGUCUGUUUUUCAGCGAAUGCCUUGAACACUUUAAAUUUUUCGAGUAUUUCAUCGCGAGUUUUCGGGAAACUUACAUACGUGUAACGCGAUUUAUCGUCAAUAAAUGUUACAAAAUACCGCGCUCCUUCUUGUGAGGUUUUAUUCAUCGGUCCACAUAUGUCUGUAUCCACCAGACUCAACACGCCGUUCGAACGAUUUUCAGUUUUCUUUGGAAAUGGCUUUACACAUAUCUUACAUUUUGCACAUACUUCACAUACAUGAUCUUUCAAAUUACUGUAAACUUUUCUUUAAACCAUGCACCAGAUUUUUACUAAUCAUUUUGUUCAGACUACCAAAGUUUAAAUGUUAUCUCAGCCACAUUAGACUGUGCGCCAAAACACUUCUUAUCGUUUGUCUCGAACAAAGACAAAUCUUGCGCCGCUUUUGGCAACUAAGGUCACUUCACCGUCAUGGUUUUGAAUGCACGCACCUUCUUGUUUAAACUUGACAUUGAAUCCUUUAUUCUCCUUGUUUUUCACUUUGUUCAUUACGCCUUUCGCUCUCUUCGAGCAACUUAAUUUUCAACGCACUUAAUUCCGGCAAAUAGUCACGUGAUUGCAUUGCUACCACGAAACUGUCAAAAACGUCGGUCAAGCUUGACAACAACAAUAUGCACAAACACUCUUCGGGCAGUGUAAAACCAAUUAGGUCUGUGAGCUUUUCCAAAUGCUUAGCCAUACUUGCCGAUUCUGACGAUUUGAUACGCAAUAACUGUUUUAACAAUGUAACGCGACGUGCAGGUCCCUUAGGCAUAUGAAUUGCUUUUAGUCUUUCCCACGCACUAGCUGACGUUUGGCAAUUUUUCACAUUAUUUAUCUGUGAAGACUUAAUGCUGGCUAAUGCUUUUUCGUCUUUUGCAUCAAACGCAGCUUUUAUCUCUGCAGUGUCUUCUUCGUUCUUUACGACAUGACCACAAACCACACCCCAUAACUCUGCAUGUAUGAGUACGCUUUUCAUCUGAACGAUCCACGCGCUGUAAUUGUGGUCAUCCAGCUUUUCAAUAGAAUGCAUAACGAAAUGUAUUUUACUUAAAAAAAAUUAAUACAAAUUACUUGUCCAAGAAAGUCCAGAACGAUCACAUUCACCUUCUACAAG